CGUGUGCAUCGCGCUUCCAGGUGAGAUGGCGGACGUGUCUGGGGCAGCGGCCUCAACCUCUACCUCGUCGAUUAUAUCUUCCACCCCUACCCUUUCUGCUUCUAGUCCACCACAAGCCUCUCAGCCAGACUCCGCUACUCUCACUGGAUCCCCACCCACAUCGCUCCCCGGUUCAACACCCUCCUCGACCCCCGUGGCCUCCUCGAGUACCUCAAGUGCACAGCCAAGCACAUUCUCGAGCGCCAGCAAUAGUACUAGUGCCAGCACAACAAGCACUACGGGGCCUAACAGAACGGGAACUUCCGCUCCACAAACAAGCCAUGCCAGCUCAGGUGUCAGCAAUAGAGCUCUUGCAGGUGCUGUCGUAGGCUCAAUAGUAGGAACCGCCAUUAUAGCCGUCCUAGUCUCCUUUCUUUACAUCCGCUUCCGCAAAAACCAGGACGCGCGGACUGCAAAACCAUCGCUCACACCCGAUAAGCCAAACCACCAGGGAAACCUCAGCGAUAAAUCCAGCCAUCCCUUGGUCGCCUCGCAAGAAAGGGAAUCGCCAGGACCUUCAGCCACUUCAUUGUCUCAGCUCCUUAACCUGUCGUCGUACGUCCCAGAGCCGGCCGACGAUAGCGUCGUCUGCGCACGAAUACAAACCCUUUUCGAUCUGGCCAGUCUGCACGUGGACAAUUAUUACUUCCCGGCUUCUUCUCCAACGGGACCGCCGACGCAGGAUGCCCUCGCUCGCAUCACGACCUACGAAUCCCCGUUCCUUCCCGCGCCCCUGGUCCAGUUGCUUUCUAAGCGGAGAGUUCGGAGGGCCGCGCUGACGCACGUUUUGGUUCGGUCGUUGCUAGAAGCCAUUCAAUCAGGAAGCGCGACCGAGUCCCUGCUUCCCAUACCCUAUGCUUCAGCUUCGCGAUCUGGGCAAAAUGCCGUUCUUGGUUAUGAAGAUUCCAGGGCCCUAUUCGCCUGGCGCAUGUUAACCAGCCGUUUAUACAAGGAAGGGUAUUUCGCCGACUCCGUGACCGCUGAACCAUCCGCCGUGAGGACACUAGCGGCUAGUUUCGUCCAGGCCUUCGCGCCAUACAGUGAUCCGGACUUUUCGGAGACUAGCCGGCUUGACCAUCUGAUGAGCGUCACCAGAGCAGCUGCAGACCUGGGCGUUUGGCUAUUUGCCCAGCCAUGUUCGUUCGAUUUUUGCUGGAAUGCCAAUCUGAUUGAUAAGGUUGCUGUGUUGCCGGCUGUAGUGAAGGUCUCGGAUGAACAGGGGCAGCGAUUAUUCGCGCCGAGGGUGCUGGUGGAGGAGACUGUUGUUCCUGGUUGAAAUCAAUGGGGAAUAUUUUAUUAGCAAUCGAUUAGUUUAGUGCCUGUAUCUGCUUCCAGUGCUUUUCACGACGGUGAGAUAGAUAUAUUGAACUCUAUAAAGUCCCUCAUUGGGUUGGUUACAUUAGUGAUGUUCAGUCGAGCACACUGUCUCU